GGAUUGUUGUUGUUUGCACCGUGCUGGAGGAUCAAGGAUUUCGUUCGCGCCAUGGCUCUCGAUGUAGAUCCUACGUUCAAACACGCCUUAAAGUUGCUUCACUCGGCCAAUUCGGAGUCCUCGGAAAAGAUACGCAACCUGCUGGAUGAGCUUAUCAAACAGCGGUUCGGCAGCAGCAAAACGUUGAUAAACACGCUCAGCAAAAAGCACCUAGCUGAGGAACCGCUAGCCGCGGGAAGUAACUUGUACGUACGGAAGCAGAAAGUGGUCGAACCGAAACCAGUGCCCGUGAUCGAUCUUGACUCGGAUCCGGAAGGCGGAAGCGGAACCAUCGAAUGUCUCGUGAACGCACCAGAGGCUCUCACGAUGCCUCCCGUUUCGUCCGGCCCGAUCGUGAUUUCCACCUCCGACCUGGAGGGUGAAGAUGACGACGAUGUGGUCAUGGAAGAGGACAAGCUGAAGGAACUGGAAGAUCUGAUGUGUGUCGAAUGCCGCCGGAUGGACGUGAGUGCGAGGAAUCGGCUGGUGGAGUGUGCCGAUUGUCAUGCACUCUAUCACCAGGAGUGCCACAAACCGAACAUUUCCGAGGCAGAUGCUAACGAUGAAGAAAACGCCUGGUACUGUACGCUGUGCCGUACUAAGUCUACAAUCAGCAAACCAACAGCUUCACCCUUAGUACUACCUCUUCCGGUCGCAACAUCUCCCACAACUGUAGUCACCUCUUCGGGCACUAAAUCAUCUUCAUCGUCUUCAUCGUCGCAUUCAAAGAGCAGUGGUAGCGGUAGCCACAGCAGCAGCAGCAGCAGCAGCAACAGUAAGCAGGCCGAGUCCAGCUCGGGGAGUAAACACAAGUCGUCCAGCUCGAAGAGUAGCAGCAGCUCAAGUAAAUCGUCCGAUUCUUCGCACGAACGCGACAGGGAACGUGAUCGCGAUCGUGGUGAGCGAGACCGUGAUCGCGACCGUGACCGCGACCGUGAACGCGACGAACGGGAAAAGGAUCGAGACCGGAGGGAGCGGGAUAAGGAUCGGGAGAAAACUUCGAAAUCGUCCUCCAGCAGUGGUACGUCGUCGGCUAGUAGUGCAGCUAGCGCCUUAGCCGGAGCAAAUGCUGUCGGCACACCGAGUAUCAACAUUAUCAGUGCAGACAAGCGCAUUCAAAUGAUGAAGAAAAAGGCAGCCAAGAUGCACGAUAGCAAACGGAAACAUAAGUAGUUGGAAUUACUUCGAAACAUGAAGAAAAUAAAAGAAU